AUGCUGAAGCGCUCUCUGAGCUCCCUCGGGCGUGGCUACUUACUGGGCAAAACCUUUGUCUCUGACAGAAACAGGCACAGAAACACAGUAUAUGGUAUUUUCUGCGUUUUAUUGUUGAACAUUUGGUCAGUGUCUUUAUCAAACACCGUUGUUUAUAUAAUAAGAUGUUUCUCCCCUGUCUAUUUAACUCUUCUCUCUCUCUUCACUCCUCUCUUUUCUCUCUCUCUCCUCUCUUUUCUCUCUCUCUUCUCUUUCUUCUCUCCUCUCUCCUCUCUUUUUUCUCUCUCUCCUCUUUCUUCUCUCUCUCUUUUCUGUCUCUCCUCCUUCAGUCAUUGCAUACAGCAGAUUGUAGAGAGUGUUCAUCACUGCCAUGUCAAUGGUAUCGUUCACAGGGACCUGAAGCCUGAGAACCUCCUAUUGGCCAGUAAGCUGAAGGGGGCGGCGGUUAAGCUAGCUGACUUUGGGCUCGCCAUCGAGGUGCAGGCCGACCAACAGGCAUGGUUUGGUUUUGCUGGUACUCCAGGCUACCUGUCUCCAGAGGUCCUGAGAAAAGACCCAUAUGGGAAGCCUGUGGACUUGUGGGCCUGUGGGGUGAUCCUGUACAUCCUAUUGGUCGGUUACCCUCCCUUCUGGGACGAGGACCAGCACAGACUGUACCAGCAGAUCAAGGCUGGAGCCUACGAUUUCCCGUCUCCAGAGUGGGACACGGUGACUCCUGAUGCCAAAGACCUGAUCAAUAAGAUGUUGACCAUCAACCCCGGCAACUGCCACUAG